AUGAGCAGCAUGCUCGCAGCAGAGGAGGUCGUCACGGUGCCUGUGGAGGCCAGGGAGCCUGAGCUGGCAGAUGCCGGGAGCCCUCCCGAAAGCAGCGAAGCGAGGGGCAAAAGGAGCCGCUCCUCGCGGUCCUCCCGGGCAGGGCUGCUCUUCCCCGUGAGCCGCGUGGCCGGGCAGCUGCGCAGGGGGCGCUUCGCCGGGCGGCUCGCAGCCAGGGCCCCUGUCUACCUGGCCGCGGUGCUGCAGUGUGUGACGCACAAGGCGCUGGACGUGGCCGGCAGGAUCGCCAAGCGCAGCAGGCAGCAGCGCAUCGCUCCGGCGCACCUGCACAUGGCCGCGCAGAGGAGCUCGCAGCUCCACAAGCUCCUGCAGGCGGACGUGCUCGGGGGCCGCGGCGGCGCCGCCGCCAAGAGACGGCCUGCGGCCUCCAGAAAGAAGGCGGCCAGCACGAAGAGGAGAUGCCCUGGGCACAGAGCUGCGCCUGCCCGUGCCAGAGCUGCGGCCAAGUGAGGAGAGACCCAGGCUGGCAGGGCAAGCGCUGCCUCGUGGGCAAGGCUGCUGCCAAGUCCAGCACCGUGGGCUAGGGGAACAAUAAA